UGGGAGUUGUGGUCGCUCGGCUUGAGGGGAGAACGGAGCCGAGUUUCUUUUCUCUCAGAGCUGGAGCCGAGCGCUGUGCUCCUUUCCGCCCUUCCAGACGGCUUCGGGACCCGUUCGCUGAAGGGGAAAAUGGCGGGCGAGGUGGACUUCGGCGACCACGAACUCUUCGAGCAGCUGGACGCCGAGGAGGUGACGCCGGCCUCGGCCCAGGAGCCGCGCCACACUCGCUUCGACGAGACGGAGGAGCUCCGCGAGAGGCUGAGGGGCUGCGAGGAGACUGUGAGGGCGCUCCAGGCCGAGAAUCAUGAUCUCCGAAGAAAGCUGAACAUACUGACCCGACCAAGCGGACUUACUGUGGAUGAUGCUAAAGUUGAUGGACCUUUGUUACAGAUUUUAUUUAUGAACAAUGGUGUAUCCAAGCAAUAUCAUCAAGAAAUAGAGGAUUUUGUAUCUAGUUUAGUUCAAAAAUAUGAGGAACAACAGAAAGCUGAAUCUGACAAGACCUACUUCAAUCUUAAACCGCAGCCUUCUAGUUUUGUGUUGGAAGAGGAUCCUAAAGUGACAAGUGCAAAUGUGUCCAAAAAAAUCAAGGAAGCAUUUAGCGUUAUAGGAAAUGUUCUCUAUUUUACCAAUUUUUGUCUUGAUAAACUGGGGCAGCCUAUAUUAAAUGAGAAUCCUCAGCUGACAGACGGAUGGGAAACACCCAAAUACCAGCAAGUUUUCACCCAGAUUCUUUCUCUAGAUGGACAAGAGAUACAAGUGAAGCCUAAAAGCAGGCCAAAACCACACUGCUUCAAUUGUGGCUCGGAAGACCACCAAAUGAAAGAUUGUCCACAGCCACGAAAUGCUGCCCGUAUAAAUGAAAAAAGAAAACAGUUUUUGGAUGCUUGUGGGGAAGCGAGCAACCAAAACUUCCAGCAGCGGUACCAUGCAGAUGAAAUUGAAGAAAGGUUUGGAAGGUUCAAACCAGGCAUAAUUAGUGAGGAACUUCAGGAUGCCCUGGGUGUCACUGACAAGACUCUUCCUCCUUUCAUCUAUCGCAUGCGGCAGCUGGGGUAUCCCCCAGGUUGGCUCAAAGAGGCAGAAAUGGAAAAAUCUGGACUAACAUUGUAUGAUGGAAAAGCAUCACCUGGAAAUGAAACAGAGGAGGAGGAAUAUUACCAACAAAAUCGAUGUGUCACUUACGACAUCACCAAGCUGAUAAAUUAUCCUGGUUUUAAUAUGUCCACUCCAAGUGGAGUAACAGAUGAAUGGAGAAUGUUUGGUUCUGUGCCCCUUCAGCCAUCUCAGCAGAAGGAUAUCUUUGCCCACUAUCUUUCUACGUAUCGUUCGGUAGGCCCAAAGUCCAGCAAUAAAAGACUUUCUUCUCAUCAGAGCUCUCAUCCUCCAAAAAGACAGAAAGGAAACAGUGCUGAAGUAUCACCAGCUGAUAUGGAGAUGGAUUCAGACUUAGAAAUUCUGCAGAAUUCUCCCAGUUAUGAUGACUUCCAGUUCCAACCUCCCUUGCCUCCUGGGUCACCGCUGAAUGCAACUCCUCCCCCGCUGCCACGAGGUACCCCUCCGUGUACUCCACCCAACUUUACUCCUCCGCAGCCUCCUAUGUGUACAUCACUUCUGCGUGAUCCUUCUCCUUUGACUACUUCCAAUGAUUCUGCUUCACUGAGAACAGAGGGCUCUGCUAUGGAUGAAGACACCUUGACGCUGGAAGAGCUUGAGGAGCAGCAGCGCCUCAUUUGGGCAGCCCUGGAGCAGGCAGAUAGUGCUAACAGUGACUCCGACAUCCCUGGAGGGACUCCUUUAACAGGGAACUCGGUGGCAUCAUCACCGUCUAGGGUUGAGUCAGAUGUUCUUUUGGAAGAAAUAACAUGCAAGAAUGUGGAAAUGUCAGAACCCAGACUUUCAGACAACAUGGGACGGAUAACCAAAGCAGAAGAGUCUGAGAAUAAGGAGACAGUCACUGAAAAAUUGAUUGAUUUAACAGAAGAGCAUGACAAUAAGCAGAUUUCAGCUGAUGAAUUGGUUGAUUUAACAGAAGAGGAAGGAUCUGAUUGUAUGGAUUCUGAAAGCACAGCUAAGAACUGGCCUUCUACUUCAGUGAGGGAAGUAAACCAUGAGAAAAGCAAUGAUGACACUACUCUUGUUCCCAGUGCUGAUGUGGCCUCUAAAAUGGCUAGCCCUAUCCCUGACAUGAGCAAGUUUGCUGCAGGGAUAACACCUUUUGAAUUUGAUAACAUGGCUGAGUCUACUGGGGUUUAUCUCCGAAUAAGAAGUGUGCUAAAAAACUCCCCCAGGAACCAGCAGAAGAAUAAGAAGCCUUCCCUUUAAUUGCCAUGCUCCUUCAGCACAGUUUUACCCAAAAGAACCCCAGCUAUAAAUUGGCUUGGUUACACUUUGUAACCACUUUGUACUUGGUUGCAUCUUUUUUUAAAAAAAAAAAAACUUAAGAACAGACAUGUAGAAAAUGGUUGCUUUGUUCUUCCUCAGAAUGUGUGGUUUUAUUUUUCAAAGUCCGGUGUACAGGGCUUCCACUUGACUUCAGGAGCAGCUGACUGCAUCGAGACAAACAUUUCCACCAAUAUAAGAACUACUUGAAUGGGUUCAUCAUCCUUUAUUAUAUCCUCUCAAAAUGUUCUCCAGAUAGAAGUUGAUUUUUCUGGAUCUGUUUUGUUUUUGUGAAUUACAGCAGCAGCAAAUGGAGGUCUUGCUGUGAACACGAACCCUGUGCUUUCCACUUUGACCUGAUCAUCCUGUAGAUAAGUUCACUGUUGGCGGAUUUUAAAAGGCUCUUGACUUUUUAAAUUGCUUUCCCUUCCCUUUAAAAAAAAGAAAAGAAAAGAGAAAAAUAUGGCAAUCAAAUGGGAAUAAUCAGGGAAUAUUUGGCAUUUGUGUCUACCUUUUUGAAAGUUUUAUAAGUAAUUUAUGUGGGUCAGUUUUUUAGUCCCACUUCUGCUUAUUUUUUUCCUUUGGUAACAUUGUCAUACAUUUGAACUUCCUGUACAUACUUCUCCAUGCUUGUGUGCAGUGGUUUAAUAAACAAGAAUUUUUGGUAA